GUUUGUUUGUUUGCUGUUUCAAUGGCGCGGUUGACGAAGGCGCAACAAGCCAAGGCUGCUGCGGCUGCUGCUCAAGCUGUUGCUGCUGCUGCUGCUGCCGCUGAAGCACAGGCCGCCGCCGCCGCUGAAGCUGAAGCACAAGCUGCUGCAAACAACACACAGAGCGACGCAAUGGAAACCAGCGAUCGCAGUUCUGCCGCUGAUGAUGAUGGUGCUGCGACCGCGACAGAGCCCACGGCCAUGCACGAGGACGCGCCCGAGCAGAGCCAGUCAGAGCAGCACGAAUCCCACAGCGGCUUCCAUGCGGAGGGCGACGAGGGCGACGACGACGCGGACGACCAGGACGAUCACGACGCGCAAGAGGCGGCUUUCUACGCCCAGCAACGACGCGAUGACGAUCACGAUGCGGCGGAUGAGACUGGUGCUGCUGCUGGUGCUGAUGCUGGUGCUGCUGCUGCUUCUACUACGACUGCUGGCGGUGCGGACGAGAUGGAGGUUGACGACGACGACGAAGAGGACAGCAGCGCUGCUUCGACCGCCACUGGAUCGGCUGCAGCUGCGUCUGGCGUGGCUGCAGAUGCCACAGAGCCAGCUGCCUUGACAAAGUCUGGCAAGAAGAAGAAGCGACUACAAGCCAAGAAGGCAAAGGCCGCGGCUGCUGGCGGAAGCGAUUCCUCUGCUGCGGCUGCUGCUGCUGGUGGUCGUGCUCGCACCGUCUCUGGGAGCAGCACUGGCGGCUCGGCCCAGUCAUCGACACCCUCCGACUUUGCUCUCCAGCAUCUGGACAGUAUGGCAGAGGGCGAGGCCAAGGACGCGUUGCAGCGGUUCAAGGCCGAAUUCCACAACCAGCGGCUGGUGGCGCUGUCCGGGUUGCCUGCGCUGAGCGAGGAGGCGUUGCGCACCAAGCUGUUUGCCGACAAUGCCGCCGAUGAUGUGCUCUUCUUCAAGUAUUUCGCCUCAGAGAAGCGCGCACGAGUUCUGUUCCGCACCCGUCAGUUGUCCGAAGCAUUCAUUGCCAAGUGGGACGGCCACGUCAUGGAAGGCACUCCACGCGUCGCCGCUGAACGGCCCCCGUGCGACAGCCUGCUCUUCAUCGGCAAUCUUGCACAGGAUGUCACCCCCGCACGGCUGCGCGAGUUUGUGACCCGCUCCAUCGUCGCGGGCCGCGAGCCGCGAAAGUUUGGACGCGACCGCAAAAAGUCAGACUCGUCUUCCAAGGAUGCCGCCGAGUCCGCCAAGGAUGUUGCCGAGGUCGAUGGCUCGGCAGAGACUGCUGAUGCAGUUGCAGAAACAAAGUCAGAGCCUGCUGCUGCUGCUGCUCCUGCUGCUGCCGAGCCUGAGAGCACUGAAACCGCGCCCGAGACGCCCGCCUCGACGACACCCGCUGCCAUCUCGCGUUGCUUUGUCGUCAUGAAUGUUCGCACGGGUCUCUCGAAAGGGUACGGCUUUGUCGAGUUUGCCACACGCGAGCUGGCCGUCGACAGCCGCAAAAUCCUGGCGGUCAAGCAACUGAACAACCGCGCCAUCCGUGUAGACGUGGCUGAUGCCUCGGCCGCAUCCCUGGCAAAGCUCCAGUCGCGCACACUGUUUGUCAACGGGCUCCCGACCGAAAUGAUUGACAAUGCCAUUUUGAGCCGUCUGCUCGAUCCUUCUGGCAAGCACAUUCGCAACUGCCAAAUUAUGCUGGCUCGCUCGCACAACGCCAACCGCGGCUACGCACUUGUCGACUAUGCUUCCAUCGAGGAGGCAGAGCGCGCCCAGGCCCAGUUUGACGGCUACAAGCUUCGCGGCUCGGAAUUCAAGGUCUCGUUCGGCAAUCCUUGCAAGUCAGCAGCGCCUGUCCAAUCUGGCAUCAUGGGUCUGGCGUUUGGCGACCGACGCGGCUCUCAGCGCAACAGCGGCCUCUUCCCCACACCCGGCGGUCGCGUUCAGCCCGGUCUUGCUGGCGCAGCGCCUGGCAUGCCCUUCGAGCGGCAACCCUUCCCGCGCGACGGUCCGUUCCACCGCGAUGGUCCUUUCCCGCGCGAUGAGCACUUCCGUGACGGUCCGUACCGCGAUCGUCGUGAUGGUCCUGGCUUCCGCGAUGACUACCGUGGCGGUUCCUUCCGCGAUGGCCCCUUCCGAGACGGUCCUUUCCGUGAUGGUCCUUUCCGUGAUGGUCCAUUCCGUGAUGGCCCAUUCCGUGAUGGCCCAUUCCGUGACGGGCCCUAUCGUGACGACCCCCAUUUCCGUGACGCUCCCCGCGGCCCGCGUGACGCACACUUCCGGGAAGGAGGUUUCCGAGACGGCCCCUUCCGUGAUGGCCCGCGCCGCGACGGUCCGCAUCGCGAGGCUCCCCCCUUCCGUGAUGGUCCGUUCCCCCGAGACGGCCCGUUCCCCCGCGAUGGCCCCUUCCAGCGAGAUGGCCCUCCGCACUACCGCGACGAGCGCGACGCCUCUCCUCAUCGAGGCCCGCGCGACAUGAAUGGCCCACCUGGCAAGCCUUCGGUACGCCCGCCUCUUCACGCAAACAAGACUUACCGUCGUCCCGAUGCAGAUGCCGCGGCCGCGCCCAAGCCCGAGGCUGCCGCUGCCGAACCAAAUUCCGCGUCGACGCCCUCCUCUGCCCAUGCCCAUGCCCAUGCCCAUGCCCCUGCCCCUACGGCUGCCGCUGCUUCGAGCGCGCCUGCUGCGGCAACUCCCCAAUCUCGACCGCCUGCAUCCCGCGGCCUGCACGGAGAUGCCCCAGCUGCUUCGCCGCAACCCCAGCACCCUUCUUCACGCCCGCCUCAACCACCUGCGCCGCACCAUGCUCACCCACCCCCGCGUCGUGACGCGUCGCCUGGCCUGCCGUUUUCUGGCCCGGGAUCCGCGCGUCGCGAUGACGGCUAUUCCGCUCGUCGUCCCGACUACGACCAGCAACGCGGCCCUCCGCCACCGCGUUACGAUGAUCGGCCGCCGCACCACCAGGGUGCGGGUCGCUACGACGAUCGCCCUCGCGGCCGACCCGAGUUUGACGCACCACCACCACCGCCGCCGCUCGCGCAGCCCCCUCGCUUCAACGGGCCUCCUUCCUCCGGCCCGCACGCACACGGCGGUCUGCCUCAACGCGGUCUUUUGGAUCAGCCACCAGGACCGCAGAUUGGCGCUCCAUCCUAUGACCAUCGCCGAGGCCCCGGCGCACCCUACGGCGGUCCCGCCGGCAACCCGCCAAUGCACCACCUCCAGACACCGCCCCCGUCCGCUCUCGGCCAACGACCACCUUUCGACGACCGAUAUGGCGCGCCCCCGCCCGGGUAUGCCCCGCCGGCACCCAUCCACGGUGAUCCACAGAUGCAAUUUGAGGAGCGCAGGCGCUUGCAGGAGGAGCAGGAUCGGCUCAAGCAGCAGCGCGACGCUCAGGCGCUGAAGGAGGCCGAGUACAAGCAAAAAGAAGAGCAGCUUCGUCGCCAGCAGGAGCAGCUUGCCCAGCAACAGGCACAGCUGCAACAGCAACAGCACCAGUUUGCCCAGGCGGAACACCAGCAACGCCAAGCUGCCGCUGCAGCUGCUGCUGCGGCCGCGGCAGCCGCGUCGCGUGCUCCGCCCCCGCUGACUGGCUACUCGAGUGUGGCGCAGCCGGCAGCACUGUACUCUUCCUACCCACCCGCCCCCGCUGCGACCGCCGCGGCGCCUGCCGCUGCCGACUAUUCGCAGUACGGGUACUCUGCCAGCAGCUACGACACUCAGGCCGGAACCUCCGAUUACAACACUGCCGUCGCAGCUUGGAACAACUACUAUGCCCAAAACGGCACUGCCGCUACUCCCGCUGCUGCGACCGGCUAUGGUGCUUCGGCAUACUCUGCGGGAGCUGCCCCGACCCAGCAUUCCUAUGCUGCUUCUGCACGGCCGGCGGCCAUCAGCGCUGCCGCCGCCGCUGUUGAACGCGCUCAAAGCGUGUCCAACUACUCGAGGCUGCCCCAGCCAGCUGCCGCCCCUGGUGCAGCAGGACUUGCCGGAUAUGCACCUGCUGCGCACCAGUAUCCUGGUGCCGUUCCUGCACUGUCGUAUGGAACCCCACAAACGGAGCAAACGAUGCCUCGCCAAAACAUGAAGCGACCUUAUCAGCAGUCGGCGGCUCCGCAGGGCCCUGCCGGCAACUACUCCGAUCCCAACAAGCGUGCGCGCUACUAAGUACUUUGUUCCACUCUGAUGAUCAGAGAAGCGGGAGCAAACAACGCAGACUUUUCUUUUCGGUUUGUUCUUUUUGGAUCGGCCCGCUUUUGUGUUUUGGGUUUCCUUUUGAUUUCUCUCGGUUUUUGUUGUUCAUUCCGCUUGUGUAGUUUGAUGCACUUGGUUCGUGUUCCUUUUUUUGCCCUUUCGUCCGCACUUUGCGAACCUCGCUGGUUUUCGAGUGAUGGCCGUAUCUUUUUUUGAGGUCUUUUUUUUUUUUUUUUUUUUUCCUCUCUCUUCUCUCUGUCUCGCUUUCUUGUUCUUUGUACCUUUUCUUCUCUUUGGCACACUGUUUCUUGUUCUCAAAACAAUUCAUUUGACAAACACUGCCAUCAAGCAUCGUCCUCCAGCGAGUUGAGAGUGCCGUUCGAUUCGUCGUCGUCUGGCAUCGGGACAAACCCCCAGAUUUUGU